AUGAAUAAUAUUGAUCCACGAGGACAUAGCACUACUACUUCGGGUCGGUAUGGUCUAAUUGGCCGUGUUGAUAUUUUGUAUCUGCCUGGUUUAAAAUCAACUCGUCGUGGUGUACUUUUGCUCCUACUUUCUGAUUGUUUUUCGCUAUCUUCACCAUUAGGUAUUUCAGAUCCUGCUGCUAAUGAGGUUGAAGGAGGGUAA